AUGCUGCGAGGGCCCCGGGCCCUGGCUCCAGCCGCUGGGCCGCCCUCGAAGGGACUGCACGCGAUGAGCCCUACCGAGCUGUGGCCGCCCGGCCUCAGCAGCCCCCAGCUCUGUCCGACCACCACCACCUACUACACUUCGCUGUACCCGCAGACUGUGCCUCCCACUGCGGCGCCCGGCACCUGCCUCGACGCCACCCCCCACGGACCGGAGGGCCAAGCUGUGCGAUGCGUGCCGGCUGGCCGGCUGCCGGCCAAAAGGAAGCUGGACCUGGAGGGGAUCGGGAGACCCACAGUCCCUGAGUUCCGGACUCCCAAGGGGAAGUGCCUUAGAGUGGAUGGUCUCCCCAGCCCCAGAACCCCCAAGUCCCCUGGAGAGAAGACUCGUUAUGACACAUCGCUCGGGCUGCUCACUAAGAAGUUCAUUUACCUCCUGAGUGAAUCCAAGGAUGGGGUCCUGGACCUGAACUGGGCUGCCGAGGUCCUGGACGUGCAGAAACGGCGCAUCUAUGACAUCACCAACGUGCUGGAGGGCAUCCAGCUCAUCCGUAAGAAGGCCAAGAACAACAUCCAGUGGGUAGGCAGGGGAAUGUUUGAAGACCCCACCCGGCCCGGGAAGCAGCAGCAGCUGGGGCAGGAGCUGAAGGAGCUUAUGAGCACGGAGCAGGCCUUGGACCAGCUCAUCCAGAGCUGCUCUCUGAGCUUCAAGCACCUGACGGAGGACAAGGCCAACAAGAGACUGGCCUACGUGACUUACCAGGACAUCCGUGCUGUUGGCAACUUUAAGGAGCAGACGGUGAUCGCUGUCAAGGCCCCUCCACAGACAAGACUCGAAGUGCCAGACAGGAGCGAGGAGAACCUGCAGAUAUACUUGAAGAGCACCCAGGGGCCCAUCGAAGUCUACCUGUGCCCAGAGGAGGUGCAGGAGCCCGACAGUCCUGCCAAGGAGCCCCUCCUGCCAACCUCCACCCUUGGCCCCAGCCCUGACUCCACCCAGCCUGGCAGCAGCACGGACCCUGGGAUGACAGAACCUGUGGCAUCCCCAGCACCAGCGCUGACUCCCCAGCAAGUCCCGCAGCCGCCAGCGCCCCCGCCCCUGCCUCUUGUCCCCCUGGAGGCCACCGACAGCCUGCUGGAGCUGCCGCACCCACUUCUGCAGCAGACCGAGGACCAGUUCCUGUCCCCGAGCCUGCCAUGCAGCUCUCCCCUGAUCAGCUUCUCCCCGCCCUUGGACCAGGAUGACUACCUGUGGGGCCUGGACGGGGGUGAGGGCAUCAGUGACCUCUUCGACUCCUAUGACCUUGGGGAUUUGCUGAUUAAUUGAGUGGCCUUGCCUGUCCCAGCAGCCUGCCCUUGGCUCUACCUCCGCACAGACGGACAGGCCCUCUGCCCACGCAGGGACGUGGGACACAAGGUGCUGCCCUAGGGAUGGGGGGGACCUCUUCUCUUUCUCAGCCCCCCAGCCAGCUGAAGCUAUCUUGGAGAGGGGUUUUGGGUGAGGAGUGUAUUAGGGGUUGGGUCCUCUCUUUCCUCAUAGAAGCUGGGCCCAGGAAGGCCCAUCUGGCUUCUGACCUCUGACCUCUCACAUGAAGGGCCACAGGUGAGGCAACCAGGUCCAGGGAAAGGCCCUCCCCUCGCCUUUUGGCGGGGGGGUGAAUGAGGACCCUGAAUUUAUCAAGAAGCACUUAAUGCCUUUGUAUUUAUUUCAGGUUGAGUUUUGUUUGUUUGUCUUCCUUGAGUUUUUAGCAGGGAGUUUGUUCUAGUUUCUAGUAAGAUUUCUCAGAUGGGCCCAAUGCUGUCCACAGUCCGAGGGCAGCCCAGGGCUUCCUGGGCCCCAGGCCAGUCCCCGAUUUCUCCAUAGCCGUAGGCCGGGUCUCUGGGGGCUGUCCAGUCUGCUAGAAGUCUACUUGCACUUCGGCCUCGUAAUUCUAGUAAGUGGUGGCCACAGGCCCUUCGGCUCCUCCUGCCCAUCCUCUCCCGCUGAGGCACCAGCCUUGGGUUCCUGGCCUCCUCUGUCCCAGGGAUGGUUGCAGGGAGCCCUCCCGGGGAGGCGGCAUCAAGGCUCCAGUUGUGGAGACCCACUUCUGUGGAAGUCCCUACCUCUCCAUUCCCUUAGAACAGGAAAAACCACCUUCCAGGGAGUCAGCACUGAAAGGCCCCCCUCCCCAGGGAAACACAGACAGGAAUGUGGAAGCAGCUAGAGGGCUCCAUUUGUGCCUCUGCUUGGGACAGGGGCUGUCUUACCCUGAGUACCUGGGAGGGAGUGGCAGCCCCAUAUGGAGAAAGGUGGGGUUAAAGCAAGAAACUGCCAGAAAGCAGCCCCUCUGGAAGCUGCUGUUAUCAUCCUCCCCUUCCCUGGAAGGAUUUGUUUACUGAAGGGAGUAAUUCUUUAAGGAUCUCUUCUUCUCUGCAGCUCUCACACAGACCCCCCUGCACCCCAGGACAGAGGUGUGCAGGGCUUGGUGGCAUUUUAGCUCGUUUUGUCACCAGAAUGCCGAAGGGCUGGCAGGAGUGUUUAUUGCAGACCAGACCUUUGCCCUGAUGGGGAGACGGGCUUAUGUUACCUCUUGAGGCUUAGGGUCCUGAGAAGGAUUCUUGCCCUGGCCUGCUCCCCGCCCCCAGAGGCUUGACCGUCCCACAGCGUCUGUGCAGCCCCCUUGGGUGUGAGGGAUGAGGUCAGCUCUCUUCCCCACACAACGUGGGGUGGGGCUGCUCUGGGCUGAACCAAGGCUGUGCCCUCUGGAGAGAGGCAGCCAGGAAUGGUGGUCUUAGAGGCCCACCACCUACCCUCAGGGAGCUAGGUUUCCUCAGGGGCUUGGCUGGGCAGCACUUUUUUUUUUUUUUUUUUUUUAAGUUUGUAGCAUUAAGUUGGUUUUAAAUAUGAAGUUGGCCUCAUGGGAUGGCUCCUGAGUUACCCAGAAGCUGGCAUCCGAAGCUGGGGUGUGGGCUUCUUUGGGGGUGGGUCUGGUGUAAGUUAAUGCUUGCAUGGGGACAGCGUGCCUUGUCAUUUUCACAACUUCCCGGGCCCCUGACUGUGCCCUCUCAGGAAUAGAUGUCCCGCUUUGGAAACAGGGUUUAUUUUGUAGGCUUUACAGACGUGCUGUUGGUGUCCCCUCUCCAGAUACUCACAGAGGUGUCAUCAGAAGCCUGCUUGGAAGCCCACUAUGUCCAGGGGCAAGGGACUACCUCAGCCCUUGGGCAGGGGACAGGAGUGUUGCUUGGAAUCCUGUUGGGGGCCUGUGGGGCCUAGAUGGCUUCACUGUUCUGAGGUGUCUGGGCUGCCGUUUAGCUAUGUCCCAUCUCUGAAGACAGAGAUGUUUGACUUCCACGCCUUUGGCUCUGUCUAGAAUCUUCUAGAAUUAAAUCAGAGAAAAGAGAGACGAGGCCUACAGAACUCACUGGGAACGGGUUUACUAGUAAAGUCUGGCCAGAAUUCAAGCUCAUUCUCCAAAUGCUGGGCCGUAGUGCUGGACACAGGGGCUGCCCCUUGGGCCCAUGGUCUGUACGCUGCACAGCUGUCCCUGCCCUGUGCUAUCCCCUCCACACCCUGCCUGGCCCCUGGGGCUGGACCGCCCAGGCCAAGCCUCAGGCUGUGGGGGGGCGACAAGCUCACACCUCUAACUUGCCAGCGACGCUUGAAACCUCUCAGGAGUUGCAUCAAGAGCUUUAAAAAUGUCUGUUGGAUGGUAUUUCCUUUACGGGCCAUGUAAACUUUAGAACUAGGGUGGAAGAAAAACCACUUUUCUUUCUGAGGUACGUUAUUUCU